UGGAAUACUGGGGACGAUCGUUGUUCACCAACUAUGCAGCCAUGCUUUCCUUUCCGAAGUCGCGGAUGCUGCUAGGGCUAGGCAAGCGAUUCAAGUUCUCUGUACCAACUCGAAGCUUCGCAUCAUCAAAUGAGCCGGAUGUCGACCUUAGUCAGUCGGAAGUUCGUCACGCCGCAAGUUUGUCGGGAAAUCAAGGAACCGAGCAGUCCGAAUAUAUAAAACCAUGGGCAAAACGAUUGGAUGAUUUAAAUCAAGGGGCGCGCCUUCCUAGAAGCGUGCAAGCGCUCUACUUGCGUCCUCUUCGAAGAAAGGCCCAGUACGGUCUCCCAGUUUGUGAUCUCCAAUUGAGAUCGUACAGUGUACGGAACGUCGAAUUUUUCGCCGAUUUUGCCAUACGUGCAGCAUACUAUUUGAAACUUCCCGUUUCGGGACCUGUGCCGUUGCCGCGUAUUGUUGAGCGCUGGACAUUCCCGCGAAGUAAUUUCGUACAUAAGAAAAGCCAAGAAAAUUUUGAAAGGAUAACACUUCGGCGAUUGAUUCAAAUCAAAGAUGGCAAUCCGCAGACUGUACAGACGUGGCUGGCCUUUUUGCGAAAGCACUCCUUCUAUGGAGUAGGCCUAAAGGCAAAUGUUUGGGAGCAUGAAAGUCUCGACGUGGCUAAAACUAUGGAUGAUGCGAUGCCUGAGAUUGAGCAAUCACUUGAGCCGCACCUCUCCCAAUUCGGCCAGAGAAAAGACAGGGGUGGUGACCAAUCGAUAUUGGAUAUCUUGGAAAGCGAGCGGUUUACCAAGAACAAAGGCCCAUUGACUGACGUUCGCAGGGGCUAGAUGGUCAUUGUUGAAUCCAGCGAGGUUAUAUAGGCAAGUGUUGCUCUUCGGCCAGUCAGGGUUUUUUUUGACCUCCUAUUCUUUUCUGCAUUUGUGUAUACUCUACCAUUUGUACUAUCAUACCACUGUGUCCCAGCCCCAGAUCUAUUCGUCAAUUUCUAUCAAAUGAGACAAGAAUUUAAGUAAGGCUGUAUAGCAUACUGUAUUCAUCCUAAGCAUAGCACACAGAUGUUUGUUGAUUGAGUCUCAUGGAUCUUCUAUUCUGCAUUCUUCUUCUCCUUUCUUGGGGAAGUUUGAUUCUUUGGCGACUCAUAUAACACGUGACUUUACUUUUUUCGUACCUCGGG